CAAAAUGGCUGCCUACGUGGACAGAGACACUGGCCAUGAGGGAAUUUCUACCAGUACUUUCUAUGGUACAAGAAAGAGAGAGGUGGCAUCUGUUGUGUUGCCACCUGAUGGUUCAUCUGAUUCAGAUGAAGAUGAGGGAACCAGUGAAGAUGAGGAAGAUGAAUUGGGCCUCAGAAGUUUGGGUACCAUUCGAAAGAACCGCUUGAUGGGUUGUACAUUGGAAGAAGAUCGAGACCUCCUACGAAGAGGAAGAGGCAGCUUUGACUUUCGUGUAGACAACGAUGCAAAGAUUGCUGUGGUCAAAUGGGCAGACAACAAAACUGUCACCUUGGUGAGCUCCUGUGCUUCUGUCAACCCUGUUGGCCAAGUGAGACGCUACUCCAAACAGGAAAAGGAGAAGAUAAGUGUGCCAUGCCCGAAGAUUGUAUCUGAGUACAACACUCACAUCAUUGCCUUAAGGACUUUAGGUUGGAUGUUGCCAAAGGACUCAUCUACCCUGAAAAGCAAAAAAGGGGUCGCCCCUCCAAAGGAAACGAAGACAACACACCACCAAGAGUAAUCAAACAGCCAAAAGAUCCCAGGCUUGUGGAUGAUAUGAGAUAUGACGGGAUUGACCACUUCCCUAUCGUGUCAGUGAAAGGCUGAUGCAGGAUGUGCCAGGAUGGACAGACCUCCAUCGUGUGUCAGAAGUGCAAAGUGAAGCUUUGCAUUGUCACUGGCCAAAACCCUCGCAACUGUUUCCACAGCUUCCACUGCCAGUAGGCUAUUUCUAGUGUAGGAGCUCCACAGGGGAGAUGUUUGCAUAAGAACAGGAAUAAGACGUUUUGUGUAAUGUUAGUAGCUCAUUGUUUAUUCAAAGCUAGAUUUGUUUCCAAUGACUUGUGUUCAGUUUUUCCCCCACUUUUUUUAAACUUUGU